AUGGAGCUCACGCCGGCCUACCUCCGCACCGCCGCCGAGUCCUACAAGGCUGAGAUACGCGCCGUCGACUUCGCUCAGGAAGGCAGCAGGGAGAAGACGAGGAAGGAGAUCAACGAGUGGGCGGCGGCGGAGACGGACAAUCUCAUCCCGGAGAUCCUGCCGGAGGGGUCACUGUCCGACGGCUCGAGGCUCGUGCUCACCAACACCAUCUACUUCAAGGGCGUGUGGGAGAGCCGCUUCCCCGAGGCCCUCACCGAGCACCGCACGUUCCACCGCCUGGGCGGCGCCAGCGCCGCCAUCAUCGUCCCCUUCAUGACCUUUUAUCCGGGACUGCACGGCCUCUUCGUCUCCUACCACAAGGACUUCGACGUGCUCAAGCUCCCCUACAAGACCGGCAGCGACGCCACGGCCCGGUACUCGAUGUGCGUGUUCCUCCCGCACACGCGUGGCGGGCUGCGCGCCAUGACCAGCGCUCUGGCAGCCCGCGGCUCCCUGCUCGACCACGUGCCGAAGCAUACGAUCAAGGUGACUAAGCUCCUGCUGCCCAAGUUCAAGCUCUCCUUCUUCUGCCGCCUCGCCGAGGUGCUCGAGAGCCUGGGACUCCGGCAGGCGUUCAGCGAGGAGGCCGAUCUGUCCGGCCUGGUGGAGAGGAGCGUCUGCGACGUGCGCUUGGACGAGGUGUUCCAUAAGGCGGUCGUUGAGGUGAACGAGGAGGGCACCAAGGCGGCGGCCUGCACCGCCGUCAGUGGCCGCAGGAAGCAGUGUGCAAUGAGGGUGACUGCGAGGGAGUUCGUCGCCGACCACCCGUUCGCGUUUUAUAUAGUGGAGGAGGUGUCCGGGGCCGUGGUCUUUGCCGGCCAUGUCCUUGACCCUUCUUCUAGCUCACAGUAG